AUGCCGCCGAAACAAAGAAAAAUCGCCAUUAUGGGCUACCGUUCAGUCGGCAAGUCGUCGUUGAGCAUCCAGUUUGUUGAAGGUCAAUUUGUAGAUUCUUAUGAUCCAACAAUUGAAAACACUUUUGUGAAAACUACUAAAGUGAAUAAUCAAGAAUAUGACUUGAAGUUAGUUGAUACAGCCGGCCAAGACGAGUACUCCAUAUUGCCAACACAGUAUUCUAUGGACAUUCAUGGAUAUGUCUUGGUCUAUAGUAUAACCUCACCAAAGUCUUUCGAAAUCAUUCAGAUAAUUUAUGAUAAAUUAUUAGAUAUGACUGGCAAAGUACAUGUCCCCGUAGUAUUGGUAGGUAAUAAAAAAGAUUUGCACAUGGACCGAGUUGUUACACAAGAAGAAGGAAGGAGAUUAGCAGAUUCUUGGAAAGCUGUAUUUCUUGAAGCUUCAGCCAAGCAGAACGAGUGUGUAGCUGAUAUAUUUCAUACUAUGUUAAUGGAAAUUGAAAAAGCAAAUGGGAAUACUGUUCAAGAAAAUAAUAAGUGCAGUAUAUCAUGAAAACAUAUGACUGUUAAUUUUAUUUUUAUUUCCAAAAAUGUUAAUUUAUAUAACUAAUGUGAAAUGAACAUGAAAAAUACCAUUGAAGCCAGAAAUGAUUAUUGUUUAAUUUAGUCGCAUAUUUUUUAAGUAAUUUUUAAUUUAAAUGCAACUAAAAUAUAUGUUUAUAUAUUUUCUUCUAUCUUUAUGCUAAACUAUUAUUUUACUUAAUAUAUUUUGUAACAUAUUAUGUUUGUUUUAUUAUUAUUAUUUUUUACAUUCAAUUUUAAUUUUAACUAGUUUCUAAAUUCAAUCAUUUUAUUAGUAUUGUACAGGGUGGUUCUUUUAUUAAUAACCUUAAUAAUUUUAAAAUUAUUAACUGAUAAAAUAUUAUAUAAUAUUGAAUAUUUUUCAUUGCUACUGUUUUUCUUUAUAUUUGUUUGUCAAACCAUAAUCAAUUUGUGAUUAUUAAAUUGCAACCUAUAUUUUUGUUAAAUUCUUACCAAUAGGUAAUUUCCUGUUAACACCUCUUACUAUUAUUAUAUAUCAUAAUUACAUAUUUUACAGAUUUGUUUUGAUUAACAUUUUUAAUAAAAAUAUUAAUUUAAAUUUUAAAGUACCUAUAAUAUUUUUAAUGUAAAUUUAGUUAUACAUAUUAAAUUGAUUUAGAAUUUUUUUUUAUUACAUAUCGUAAGUUAGGUGUAUGGAGUAAUGUACCAUUAAUUUUACAAGCAUCUGUUAUGUAAUUGUUAUAUAAUUUCUCUAAAUACAAUUUUAAUGCUUAUUUUCUUUAAUAUUUUGAUAUUUUUCCCAAAAAUAUUUUGCUCCAGAUAUUAAUAAUAAGAAUAUGGGUUAUCUUUUAAAAAUCAAAAAUUGGUUUUCGUUUUUCAAACAAAUAUAAAGAAAAGGGGCAACCAGAAGUGUAAGAAUAUGCAUGUUUGUACAUGCAUUUUUGAAUAAAUUGAUGUUCACUUAAAAGCAUCAUCUUGUAUAUUCAAUUAUAUAAUGAUAAUUAUAAAAAAAAAAAAAAAUGUAUAAACUAAGAAUAAAAUAAACAUUU